AAGGAUAAAAUCCUAGUACAUGUAAAGACAUGAAAUUCCCAUGGAUCCUUACAUAUCCAAUGGGUCCGGAUAUAUCCGACUGAGACCUCCCCUCCCUUCAAAGUUCUGUUAUCUGCCGAUUCUAUCCAUCCAUUCAUAACAACACAGUAGAAACUUGAAAACCACCAAACCAAAAAUAAAAAAACAAAUUCAUAGAGAGGGAGAGACAUCCUUUACAUUUGAGAAGAGAAAGAUGCUAGUGACCAACCAUGUAUGUGGUGUUGGGCAAUCAAUCUCUAUGCCUCAGCUGAAACCCUUUUGUUUUAUAGAUUUCUCGGCCAAGAAGUCUUCCAAUUCCAGCUUUGUUUUGGGUUUGAAUUGGAGUUUUGCUUCUGCUCAAAACAGGCCUUUUUUCAGGCACCACACCAAGGCCUCUUCUUUGCGGUGCUGUUGCAACAAUCCCAGAAACAGUAAUGACAGCAGUUCUUCUUCUGAAUGGGAUUGGAAUCGAUGGAGCCGCCAUUUCUCUGAGAUUGAACAGGCUGAGAGUUAUGCUUCUGUUCUCAAGUUCCAACUUGAAGAUGCAAUUGAGAAGGAAGACUUUCAAGAAGCUGCAAAGUUAAAGCUGGCUAUUGCAGAGGUUGCUUCAAAGGACAGUGUAGCUGAAAUCAUGUCUCAAUUGAAGAGCGCAAUAGAUGAAGAGCGGUACCAUGAUGCUUCAUGGUUGUCUAGACAUACAGGAAGUGGACUGGUGGGCUGGUGGGUAGGUUACUCAAAGGACUCUGAUGAUCCAUUUGGUAGACUAGUACGCAUAACACCCGGAGUAGGUAGAUUUGUUGCUAGGAGUUACAGUCCAAGGCAGUUGGUCAGUGCAUCACCUGGAACUCCACUAUUUGAGAUUUUUGUGGUUAAAGAAGAUGAAGAAACAUAUCUUAUGCAGGUAGUUUAUUUGCAGCGUGCAAAAGGAAGUUCAAUGAAUAGUACAAGCUCACCUUCCAAGCCCACAAAAAACCCAUCCACUCCUGAAGUUGAGAAUGCAUCUGUUGUAGAUGUUCAGGGGAAUGAAGCCAAGGCAGAAAGAAGUGAUGAGAAGGGAAUAAAUAUUGAGGGAGCAACUGAGGAAGGGCUAAAAAGUGUGAUAAAUUUUCUUAAAAAUAAAAUUCCAGGACUGAAAGUCAAAGUCAUGAAUGUCGAUGUUUCUGAGGAAGUAAUGGAUAAUGAUUCUGUGAAGCAGUUGAUGCAAGAAGAUGAUGAGAAAACAGGAUCAACUGAGAAUUCUGAAGAUGAAACUGAUGAUUUGGAAGAGAUUCAACCUGAUGGAGUUGCUCUGGGAGAGGGUAACAAUCCUGCAGAAGAUGGCAAGGAUUUGGAUAUGAAGCUUUUUAUUGGUGGGCUUGUACAUAAUAAUGAGGACACUCCAACUAAGGAUGAGUAUGUUCGUCUUCCAGCUGAUAUUAAGGACUUGGAGAGAGAUUCUUUUCUGCUACAUGUUCCCAAGAGGAGUUCAGAUAAUGACAAUGGAGAAAGUAAAGCAUCCAAGGUGAAAAUAGCAGCUAUAGCAGCUCAAGGUGUUUCUGAGCUUAUGCCUCCAGAUGUUGCCAAGGCAUUAUGGAGUUCAGAUAAAGUUUCUUCAAAGGUUUCUAGAGAUGUGCGCGAGAUUGUCAAACUUGCUGUUAGUCAGGCACGGAGACGGAGCAGGCUAUCUGAGUAUACAAAUUUUAAUCGAAUUAGCAGUGAUAAUGGCAAUUUAGACCCAUUUGAGGGCCUCUAUGUUGGUGCAUUUGGUCCUUAUGGAACUGAGAUAGUUCAACUGAGUCGUAAAUAUGGCCGCUGGAAUGAUGCAGAUGAUGAGACUUCAGAUGUUGAGUUCUUUGAAUAUGUCGAAGCUGUGAAGCUUACUGGAGAUCUCAAUGUUCCUGCUGGCCAGGUUACUUUUCGUGCCAAAAUUGGUAGGGAGAGUCGCCUCCCCAACCGUGGGAUGUAUCCAGAUGAGUUAGGAGUGGUUGCAUGUUACAAAGGUCAGGGAAGAAUAGCAGAAUUUGGUUUCCGCAAUCCACGAUGGGUUGAUGGUGAGCUCCUCCAACUCAAUGGCAAGGGCAUUGGACCUUAUGUCAAAGGUGGUGAUCUCGGUUUCCUUUACAUUGUCCCUGAGCAAAGUUUCCUUGUGCUAUUCAACCGUUUAAGAUUACCAGAUUGAGCCUCAUCUUUUAUUGAUUAAUUUGAUCACCUUUGACACAACAAGAGAUCAAGAAUGUGAUGCAGAGUUAUUUUAUGUACCAUAUUGAGAGGACAAUGCCACUUAUAUAAUGUAAGCCUUGUAUUUUUUUCUUCUUUUUUCCUUUUUUUCUUUUUGGAGGGGAAAGGGGUGGAAAUUUUCUUUUUGCACCUUCUGCGCUUCUGGUCCCACUUUCCAUCCCCCACCCCUUUUGUUGGUGUAUAUCAAUUUUGCUGAUUGAUCAAUUAGAGUGACAACUAAUGAGGAACUGUUUUGAUUAUCUUCCUCCGUAAGGUCAUACAAUUCUUUAAGAAUGUUGCUUAGCGUAGUCCCCUAUGCACCCUGCCUUCGAGCACGAAUAUGCACUGAACAAUGGCAUGAUUAUCCCAUCAGGAUGACAAUGAUGAUUAUGACCUUUAUGCACA